GAAGGUCAUCGGAGCUAGUUCAACAUGGCGGCUGAGUUUAUAAGUCUGGAGAGUUGCUUGGAAAAACAUCUUCCACCGAAGGAGCUAGAAGAAGUGAAGAGAAUUUUAUAUGGAAAGCCAGUUAGGUAAGUUGUAUAUUUCAGUCGAGAUCACUUUACCAGUGAAGCUUUUUUAGUGUCUUUGUCUGGAAGUAGUCGCGUGGAAGUCGAACGCACUCUAGAAGACUGUAGGACAGCGGUCAAUCCAUUUGUCAGCUUGGCUGAUCGAGACGAUUGCGCCCGACAGAACACAUUCAGCAAUACUUUGGAACAAUUUUCCUGGACAAUUGGCGAUUUCAAUACUUCUACGUGCAAUCACCCCCUGCGCCCCCCGGUCCCACGGUGCGUACACCUCGCGACGUUCCAAAACAUAGAUGUUACAAGCCAAGAACAUUUGGACUCAUUACUCGAAGCUGACAGGAUUUGGACGCUGAUGACAAUUUUUCAAGGGUGAAGACAAUAAAAGGUUUCAUUUUCUGAGGGCCUUGACAAAAAUCAGGAGUUCUGAUUUCUGCGUGUCUUGAGGAAGUGGGAAUGAGGAUAAAGUAACCCCUAUCAAUCCUGUGGAGUUGUCUCUUUCCAAACCGUUUAACUCCCAAAAUCUGAUUGUCAGUUAUUCCCUCUAGCUGCUACAUAUUUCCAUAUAAAUUAGUUACAAAAUUUGGUGUUGGAUCAAGAUAGCAACUUCUACCUGAUAAGUUUGAGUGGUCUCAUUACAGUUUUGCUUGAUAAUAUAUAGUUAUUGUAGGGAGAAGUUACACGUUAAGCACCUCUGGGAGUUAAAGGGUUAAACAGUCCUGCACAUAUGCCAAGUGACUGAAAGCAAAUGUGGCCUUUUUUUGGUUUCUGUAGCAUGAAGCUACAGUGGCCUUUUUUAUUUCUGUAGCAUGAAGCUAUUAGGAGUUUUGCUGCCUCCCUUCCUUAUUAGCUGGAAUGCUAGUUCUAGCAUUUCAUCAGGGUCACCUAUUGGGUUAUUAUAACCUUGACCAACAUGACCCCAGCUAGAGUUGAAAAAUCAACCUUUCAAUCCCAACUCCAGCACUCCAACAAUUUUCUUAAUCCUCUAACCCCUAAGAGUGACUGGCAACUAAUUUCUCCUUACCACAUCACCCCUGAAUCUAACAUAAAGGUCAGGAGAAUAAAGGAACUGAUCACUUAUGAAUUAAGCUCUUGAUUGUUAAACAAAUUCUCUUUGUCAUCACCAUAGGAAACUUUAUAGAACUGUACAGAGAAUAUGAAUACUGAUGCUAGGAUGUAAAGAGUUGACCAUUUCAUCUCCUCCAGGACAAGACUUAGUUAAAAAUCUAUUAUCUAAUUAUUAAUUGUUUUUAAUAUAUAGAUUUUAAUUUUUUUUUGAACAGUAAAUUAGAGCUACCUGAGGGGGCAUUAAAAAUGGCUGCACAUGGAAACUUUGAACUGGCAGGAUACAAGUUUGAUGUCCAAGAGGAGCAAAUGCGCAGACCUCGAAUAGUUAGAAUAGGGGCUGUACAGAACAAAAUAGUGCUGCCUACAUCUGCACCACUGGCAAGUCAGGUAAGGAGCUUGUCGAUCAUUUCCUCUAUUCUUGUGACCUCAAUGUGUGAUUCAGGGGUGAUAUUGUAAGGAGAAAUUAGAUACUGGUCACUCUUGGAAGCCAAAGGGUUAAUGUCUUCUAAAAUCACUCCUCAUCAACUCAAUAAAACCACAGUUGUUCCAUGGAUAAUAAUAAUUAUUGUAGUUACAAGUGUUAGAUUAGGUGUUGUUUCCCUAAAAGAAAGUUACCUCACCUCUGGUGAUUGUGCUGUUUUCAAACUAUUUUUAUUGUGGUAUUUACAAUUUAUUGUUCUUUUGUUGUGUAGCUGUCAGCUCUCCAUGGAAGAAUAAAAGAAAUUACUGAGGCUGCAGCCAUGUGUGGAGUCAACAUCAUCUGUUUUCAAGAAUGUUGGAGUAAGUUAUAUUAGAACUAAGGGUGGGAUAUAUCUGAUUGUGUCCUUACAAACCUCUUGUAAAUCUACAUAUAAAGAGAAUGAUGAUUGACAUAAGUACAAGGGCUGGAGAUAGAGAGAGACAUCGAAGUGUAAGGGUACAAGAAAUACAGUACCUAUUAGUAAUCGUCACCUGCCUUAACGUGACUUGUUUAGGUUGUUAUAGGCUCUGUGCAGUAAGGGAACUGGAGAUUGACAAUAUAGUUUGUGUUGUAUCAUUUGUCAGGUACAAGCAACUCCAAAUAGGCACCUACUUGGUGGUAGAAGACUUUUAAUGAUAGAGAAUAAAUAAAAUCUUUAAAUUUUUCCUUAAGUAGUUCUGCAUCUUGUAUUCCUUUUACAUUUAAUGGCAAUUAUUAGAUUGCUUCUGGUAGCUGUGAGCAUUGAAAUUUCAUAUUUCAAGUUUGGCUCUUUUUAGGUUUAGAAUAUUAGUUUUUCUCUGAUAAUACAUCCUCCAAUUUGUUUUUAUCAGCCAUGCCAUUUGCUUUUUGCACCCGUGAAAAGCACCCAUGGACAGAAUUUGCUGAGUCAGCAGAUGAUGGGCCAACUAUUAAACUCUGCCAAGAGGUAUGUUAGGGUACUGCUUCAGGCUUUUGGUCAGCCAGGAGGACCAAGAAAGGUAUCUUGGUUAUUAGAAACAGUACAGCUUUCUGGUAGCUAGGUAGUAAGUAAAUGUAUUUGCUUGUAAAGUGCUUGCUACCUGCUGAUAACCAGUGCAUAAAUGUCAUUGCACUCUCAACAUGUGAGUAUUUCUCUUUAAAUUUGUUCAAAUUGGUUGACUCCAAGGAAAAAUGAAGCAACAUAAAUUGGAAUACACCUCAAAAUACAAUUGCAACAGUCUAGAAUUCCAAAAUUUACCAGCAGAGUUUGGACUUCCUUGGAAGCAGGAGGCUCUCCAGCCCUUGAAAACUACCUGCCUGUUAUUCAAAACUACCUAUUUCUACCCCCUGGAAACAAUGAUGAUUGAUAUUUUCUGGAUAGUCAUUAACUAAAAUACCAGUUAUUAGUUUCACUUGCCUCUCAUGGCUUCAAUUUCCUCUUAAUUCUUUCCCUUAUUUGUUUUACCAGCUUGCCAAACAGCACAACAUGGUCAUAGUGUCUCCAAUUUUGGAAAGAGACAGUGUACAUCAGGACAAAAUAUUCAAUACAACAGGUACUUAAACAUUUCUAAAUUGGUAUUGCUGUGAUCUUAUUGUGUUUAUUGAUUUUUAAGAGUGCAAUAAUUUUAUCAACUUUUACAUGUUAGUUUAAUCAACCAUCUCUACAUAACUGUUAAUGACUAUGAUAUAACAGUGCAAUUAUUGCAGUGUUUGUUUGGGCAACUGUCGCACAAAUCUAGUUAUAUUGUGAACCAACUUUGGUUCAUGUAUAGUUGAUGGCAAUGCUUGACAAUAAAAUGAAAUUUCAUGAAAAAUUAAUUAUUUUUUAAACUUUUAUAACUAAUUCAUCUGUCAAAGUGAUCUAGUCCAGCAAUUUUAUUUCCUUAAAGUCAAUUUGUUGCGAGACAUUGUUUGAUCCAAACAAAAUCUUCCAUUUUUCAGUGAUAAUUUCCAACAAUGGCUCUGUCCUUGGGAAAACAAGGAAAAAUCACAUUCCUAGAAUUGGAGAUUUUAAUGAGGUACAAGAAUUUUCAUUAUUACUAUUUGUAUGGUUAAAUAAUUUCAAACUAGUUAAACAGGGUUCUACAUGAAAUCCUCCCAGAUCCAUUAAUAUCCCGAGGGAAAGCUCUGUAGUCUCAUAAAUUUACAUGAAUUAAACAAGUAAGCUCUAAAACUUUGGCAUUUGUCAUUUCUUUUGUAAUUUGUAAAUAGUCAACCUACUACAUGGAAGGAGAUACAGGACACCCAGUGUUCCAGACACAGUUUGGUGAGGUUCACUUUUAUCAAUUUGAUCAAAUGAUUUAUGUUUAUGGAUGGUAUUGGAUCUCUCAAAAAAUAAUGUUUCUUUUUAAUCUUAAUCAAACUUGAAGGGUCUUUAAGAGUUUUUUUUUUUCACUCCUCUGCAGGUCGAAUUGCAGUCAAUAUUUGUUAUGGUCGUCACCACCCACUAAACUGGCUAAUGUAUGCAAUAAAUGGUGCCGAGAUCUGCUUUAAUCCUUCAGCAACUGUCGGUGCUUUAAGGUAUAUGUGUCUUUUUGAGCUCAGGUUUCAGUCUCUUUUGAUGGGGAAGGGCACUCAAGGGAAACUCCUGUGGGGUUAUCCCAUCAAGGUCUUAAAAUCCUACCCUGUCACUAGCACAUGCCCCUUUAGUCCAAGUAAGGGAGUGCCCUUUUCCCCUCCCUCUUUUCCCCCCAUUUUUUUUUUUUUUUUUUUUUUUUGCACUGUAAGCUUACAGACUAAUAUUCUUAUCUGUUUUGCAGUGAACCCAUGUGGCCAAUUGAGGCUCGCUGUGCAUCUAUAGCCAACAAUUACUUCACUGUGGCAAUUAACAGGAUUGGAACUGUAAGUACACUUACCCUGUUAGAAACAAAACUGUCCCAUUACAUUCACAUUUGCCUUUUCAUUGGAUGAAUAUCUUCAGGUUUUUAUCUCUUACAGGAGGGUAGGGAUAUAAGGCCAAGAUGUGGGACUAAGGCCCUUCCCUUUUUGUUCAGAGAAUCAGAGACUUGAGGUCUUAAAUUCUUUUGUCAGAAAGACUUGAGAGGAGACAUAGUGCUUCAGAUCCAUGUAAUAUUGCAUAGGGUACCUUACAUUUGAGAAAAUAAAAGGCUUUUUCUUUACAUUUUCUUUUCCCAUCCAUAGGAAGUCUUUGAAAAUGAAUUUACUUCAGGGGAUGGCAAACCAGGUAGCUAAAAAAAAAUAACUCAGUAAAGUGGAUAUUUUUUUCUCUUUUCCCUUUCUAACCAAUCUUCAAUUUGCAACUAGGAAUAAGAUGAUUUCGGUAAGAUAUAUGAGAGUGGAAGAAUAUUUUUAAAAAACAUUUUAAAAUGGAUGUUACUCUCAAAAGCAGGGUCUUUGCAAUACAAACCUAGCUGGUUGUAGUUAUCAAAUGUUUUACAAGAAUCUGAAAGGGCAUGGCUAUAUUUAUGGGGUUAAGUGAUGAACGGAGUACAAUAAUAAUGAACUUUGACAAUAACAAUUAGUUAUGUAAAUUUGCCAUUUAUUUCCUUAGCUCACAAGGACUUUGGUCACUUUUAUGGUAAGUUUUCCACUUGCUGAUAUUUAAUUGAUUUUUAUGAUUAAAUUAGGUGAUAAUGAACCAUGUCUGACCAUAAUAUUUAACUUUUAAUUGUUAGGUUCCUCUUAUGUUGCUGCUCCAGAUGGCAGUCGUACCCCAGUGAGCUAUAUUGAUUUCUAUUUUUUUAUUAUUAGUCUUCAAUAGAAUACACAAAAUGAAAGAUAGACACAGGUAGUGAUAUAUAUAUAUAUUUAUAGUCUUCUCAGAAUGUAAGCAGCCAGUUUUUUACCUUGUUUGAAGAUCAAUCUCAGUCUUGCUCAUUGCACAAUGCUCAUUGGAUGGUUUGGUCCAAGAUUAUCCAAGGGUCAGCAAUAUCAUGGACUGAAAGACGAUUUUUGUGACAGAUUACACCUUUUUAUUAUAAUAAGUAUUGUUUUUCUUGCACAGGGUUUAUCCAGAGUUAAAGAUGGCCUCCUUGUGACUGAGGUAGACUUAAACCAUUGCAGACAAGUUAAGGACCGCUGGUGUUUUCAGGUGUGUAAGGUGGAAGGUUUCUUGCUAUUUGUAGGAACUAAAAUCACUGUGGGUCUGCUACAGACUUCAGGUUAAGUCCUGGAGGACAACUUACCAUGGUAUGCUAUUACAUCAUUGUUAAACCCACUCCCUCCCCCCAGAAUUUUGUUAAGUGUCCCUGGCAGUUUGUUUGGUACCAUUGUAUACUGCUGAGAGGAGAUGGGGCAGUGAGGGUGAAGCAUCUUCCCUAAAAACACAACACUAUGACCAGGCCAUGGUCUGAACCUGAACUUAUUGAUCCAUAGUCCAGUGCCUCAACCACUAGGUCACCACUUUUCCUUUGCAUCUCACUUUACACUCUGAAAGAUGUCAUGCAACUCCCCUCUCCAGAUCAUUGCCAGACAUCCAAAAAAAUCUGCUGUGAAACAGACUUCUUUAGAUAUCACUAAAAUUUAUUCUCUUCAUUUCCUAGAUGACUCAGAGGUUGGAAAUGUAUGCAGAAUCAUUGACUCAAGCUGUGAAACCUGGUUACAAGCCACAGAUAGUCCAUGACGAAGCUUAGAGCAAUAUACAUUGAAUUUGCAGAUUGUGGAUAUGUUCUGUGUUGAAGUCGAAAAAAUUAUCCUGUCUUGACAAAAUGCACCAAUUAAGUGUUACAUUUUUUAAAACAUCUACUGACACAAAGAACUCACACAAAAGAAAAAAACCCUUUUUUUUUUAGUUUUGUGUUUGUUGUGAUUCUGAGAAUGCAAAGAAAAAAUUAACUCUUGUAUGAGGAUCUAUGGUAUAUAAGGAGAAGAGACACUAUUUUUGACCAUCAUGAGGAAGUGAUGGGUAGUUUCCAGUCAGAUGAUAAGACAGCAUAAUUAAAACUGAUUAAAAUUUUGUAGUUCAAUUAUAAUCUCACUUGUUCCUUUGUCUGCGCGCAGGGUGUGCAUGUCCUUGUAUUGUCAAUAAAAGGUUCUUGUUGGCUUUGCUAUAGAUACAGAGUUUUU